AUGGCCGGGAGUCCGGACAUGUUCGAUGACAUCGUGAUGGCCGACGAGAGGUUUCAUGGGGAAGGCUAUCAGGAAGGGUAUGCAGAAGGCAGCAGCUUGGGGAUGAUUGAAGGAAGACAGCAUGGCACGCUGCAUGGAGCCAAAAUUGGCUCGGAGAUUGGAUGCUAUCAAGGCUUUGCUUUCGCAUGGAAAUACCUCCUGCACAGCUGUACCAGCGAGAAGGACAGCAAGAAGAUGAAAGUCUUAGAGUCGCUGAUCGGAAUGAUCCAGAAGUUCCCUUACGACGAUCCCACGUACGAUAAACUCCACGAAGACUUAGACAGGAUCAGAGGCAAGUUUAAACAGCUUUGCUCACUGCUGAAUGUUCAGCCGGACUUUAAGGUUCACUUGGAAGGUUCUGGACUCUCAUUUUGA